UCCAGAAGGAGAAAUUAUGAUACCUAUGGGCAGAUAUCACAGUCCUUGCUGAAAAGGGGCCAUGAACGGGACGCGUUGCAGUGCAGGGUCAAAAUAAAAGAGCUGAGGAGUGCUUACUGCAAAGCCCGUGAGGGAAAUCGCCGCUCAGGAGCUGCCCCCACAACCUGCUGUUUUUACAAGGAGCUGGAUGCCAUACUUGGGUGUGACCCACUGCCAAUCCGAGGACCACGAUGGAGAGUUCAGAGCAGGGAGGAGUGGGGGAGGGUGUAGAGGAAGCCGACAGUGAGGCUACUGGCGUGGAGGGAGACACCCCGGAGUCCCAGGAGGCAUGCAGCCAGGAGCUCUUCUCAAGCCAGGAGGAGGCUAGCCAGUCGCAGCAGCAGGAAGUUGCUGGUGAGGAAGAAACUGAGGAGCGUGCUCGGGUGACCUUGACUAAUGCAGCCGGAUCACCGGCCUCAUGUCGCUUGCAGAACUUGAGAAGAAAUCCCAGAAAAUCAAAAGAAGAAUUGAUCAAAGCAGUUAUGAAUCACUACAACAGAGAAAGUAGGAAGACACAGGAAUGGAGAGAGAAAAUGUAUGAAUGGAGAGAGAAAAUGUAUGACUGGAGGCAAACAGAAAGCAGGAGAAAGGAAUUGGCAAUUAAAAAAACCUCAAAGCAGAUGAUAAGCCUCCUGGCUCACCAAACUGAGUCUUUCGAGUCUCUCGUAGCCAUGCAGGCAGAUAUGUACCGUGGUAACCCACAGCCCUCCCAAAGCUCUCUUUCUUGUUCCCCAGUAUUUGCACAAAACACCUUUCUCCAGCAGCCAGUUUCUUAUUACCCCCAGCUGCCCCCAACACCUGUACGAUCACCUACCAGCCCUGAUAACUAUAAUUCUUACCCUGUGCACUCCACCCCUAUUACCCUGCAGCAUAGUAAUCCUGAAGUGCAGCAGACAUUGAACAGUAAUCAAAACAGGACAUAUUCAAACCUAUGAAUGUACAGUCCACCACCCUAACCCCCCUGGCCUUUUAUGUACUGUACUUUGAAUAAAGGAUUUUAUGGCUUUUACAAUACGUUUUAUUAUUGCAGGAAGUGGUAAAUAUUGUACCCCAAGGUAGAACAAAACACAGCAAAGGCACC